CCGGCGGCCGGCCGCACUUCCGCCUCGGUGUCAGCGGGUCGCGGGCCUGCGGGGCGGGGGCGGGGUGGGCGGCGAGGCUCGGCGGGCGCCGGAGGGACCGCGGUCCAGUCUCAGGUGUACAACCCUGUGAUGCUGAGCUCACAAGUGUAGCUGCCAUCUGUCACCAUGCCGCACUGUCUCAGCGCCAUCAGUGACAUCCCCGUGCUGUGCCUUUGACCCAAGACCGUUCACUCCACAGCUGGGAGCCUGGCCCUCCCCCUCCCCCUGGCAACCGCCAGUCUCUUCUCUGUAUGUACAGAUCUCCAGUGCCUGUUGGGUUUUUACCAAAAGGAAAGUUGAUAGCAUACGAUUCCUUACACGUCAAUGUAGGUCCAGUACGAUGACUUCGUAGAAAGGCCAAGACCAGGCGGCAAGGGAGCCCGGCUACCGAAGGAUGAACGGCGAGGAGGAAUUCUUCGAUGCCGUCACAGGCUUUGAUUCUGAGAACUCUUCCGGGGAAUUUUCAGAGGCAGAUCAGAGCGUUGCUGGAGUGAUGCGCGUGGAUACCGGCAGAAGCAAUGGGAUUGGAAAGGUCGGGGAGAGGCCCCCUCAAGAGAAUGGCAUUCGGAAGCACAGGACGUCGUUGCCCGCCCCGAUGUUCACCAGAAGUGAUUUCAGUGUGUGGAGUAUUUUAAAGAAAUGCAUCGGCUUGGAGCUGUCCAAGAUCACCAUGCCCAUCGUCUUCAACGAGCCUCUGAGCUUCCUCCAGCGGAUCACAGAGUACAUGGAGCAUGUGUUCCUCAUUCACAGAGCCUCCUGCCAGCCCCAGGCCCUAGAAAGGAUGCAGUUCUGUAAUCUCAAAACAUGUGACAAGCGGGAGACUGAGGUCACCAGGAGCGCAUCCUGGCACCGAGGAGCUGCGUGCCUGUGGCCCCUCGCUCACCACCAUGUGCGUUGCUCCCAGUGCGUGGCAGCCUUCGCGGUGUCCGCAGUGGCUUCCCAGUGGGAGAGGACCGGCAAGCCCUUCAACCCCCUCCUGGGAGAGACUUACGAGCUGAUCAGGGAAGAUUUAGGAUUCAGAUUCAUAUCUGAACAGGUCAGCCACCACCCCCCGGUUAGUGCAUUUUAUUCAGAAGGCCUCAAUCAGGACUUCCUGUUUCACGGCUCCAUCUACCCGAAGCUGAAGUUCUGGGGCAAGAGCGUGGAGGCCGAGCCCCGGGGCACCAUCACGCUGGAGCUGCUCAAACACAAUGAGGCCUACACCUGGACCAACCCCACCUGCUGUGUACAUAACGUGAUCAUCGGGAAGCUCUGGAUAGAGCAGUAUGGGACGGUGGAGAUUGUAAACCACAGAACUGGAGAUAAGUGUGUGCUUCAUUUUAAACCCUGUGGAUUGUUCGGGAAGGAACUUCACAAAGUGGAGGGGCACAUUCAAGACAAAAACAAAAAGAAGCUCUUUAUGAUCUAUGGAAAAUGGACAGAGUGUUUGUGGGGCAUAGACCCUGCUGCAUAUGAGUCCUUCAAGAAACGGGAGAGGAGAGGUGACCAGCUGAGCAAGGCACAGCCGGACAACGGCUCCCAGAAAGCUGAUGGCGACGUGCUGGACUCCGUGCCCGAGGUUCAGGAGACGGUGCAGGUCAUUCCUGGCAGCAAGCUACUCUGGAGGGUCAACACUCGGCCCCCCAACUCUGCCCAGAUGUACAAUUUCACCAGUUUCACCGUCAGCCUCAACGAGCUGCAGAGUGGCAUGGAGAAGACCCUGGCCCCCACGGACUGCCGCCUGCGCCCCGACAUCCGCGGCAUGGAGAACGGCGACAUGGGUUCUGCUGCGCGCCCCUGCGUGGUGGGGGCACACGGCCUGCCUCUCCCCGAAGCCCUGCUGGUGUCCGGGCACCACCCUACCCUCGCCCCGGAGUCUGGUUUGCAGAUGAUGACAUUUCUGGCCAGUGGGACUUUCGUUUCAGAUCUGGCGAGCCAGGAGAAGGAGCGGCUAGAGGAGAAGCAGAGGGAGGCCCGGAGGGAGCGAGCCAAACAAGAGGCCGAGUGGCAGACGAGGUGGUUCCACCAGGGCAGCAACCCGCACACGGGGACUCCUGACUGGUUGUACACAGGGGGUUACUUUGAGCGGAAUUUCUCACGCUGCCCGGAUAUCUACUGAGGGGCUGGAGUGGCCCCGGACCCCGGGACCGGAGGCUGGACUCCAUCAAGCGGCUGCUCAGAACUCUGGUCGCGGCAGAAACCGGCUUUUCCAACGACUGUGUUCGUGGCGACAGCACCAUCCCCGGUCGAGGAUUUUAUUCUAAUUAACUUUUGAUUUUGCCAAACAUUUUACUGCUGUUGCAGUCUCUUCAUAAAGCUUCACUUGGGAUCAUCAUGUUCUCAUUAAGGGUGGAAAAGGAAAAUCCUUUGCAGUCCCUUCACAUGACGGGACUCGGCUGGGCUUGUGUAGCUGACGGCACCCUCUUCCUUGUAAAGUUUAUCACUAAAGUCCGUGACCAGGGGGGCUCCUUUAGUCAUAAAUCCCUCCAUAGUCCUCCUUGUAAUGCAGAAGGGUUUCUGAGACUGUUUUGAAUGUGAACCGAUAACAGGGGAAGAUGGAUCUUGAAAAAAAUCCUUUGAAGAGCUUUAUACAGGCCAGGAAUUAAGGUAAUACAAGAGUGAAGAUUUUCAAAGCAUCAGAUUGAAUGAAAUGAAAAGUUGUCAGAUUCUGUAUUUUUUACCAAUCUUCGAUAAUGUAAAGAUUACUUUUAAAAUAUUUAAGUUAAAACUACUUGAAUAGUAUUUUGCUGAAAAGCAAGAUAUGCAUUAAUCACCAAUUGUAUACUAUCCAAACUGAAGCAUUCCCAUGACACCCUGGGACAGCUGGAAACCUGGAGGGGUGCUGAUGGAACCCCCUGGGCGGCUCCCAGCCGUGAAGGGAGCCCCGCCUCUGGCCUCGUCCACACCCCUUGUCACCAGGGCGUCCUGGUCAGUGCAGGCCACACCACGUCACAGAGUGUCACUGUUCCCAGCUGUGUCCCUCCCAGCAUGCACAUUCAGACGCGGGUGAGUCACAGCGGGUGUGCCCCACGGGAGGGUCCGCAGCAGCCUUUGCUCACAACCCUGUAAUUAAAGUUAUUUAACAAAAAAUAGGUGUAUGUCCAUUUUAGCAAACAUCUGUUCAAGUGACUGUGGUCUUCCUGUAGAAAUGUCAACACCACAGGGCGCAGCAGGGCUCUGAGCGGAAGGCCGUCCUCUGAACGCAUGCACACACUUGCACACUCAGGCCCACACGCAGUCGUAUGUAGGGAGUGGCGGGUUCUCCAUGAGAGGGUGUCAUCCCUGUGUGUCCAGGCUUCAACAUCACAUUUGUAAUUAAAACUCUUUUAAAAGCCAA